AUGGUUGUUCUCUCCAUGGGGGCUGUGAGGAUGUCCCAGAUGUGGAUGCUGAGAUGGGUCGUCCUACUGGUGGGGCAACAGCUGAUACAAGCAGGCUUUAUGGAGGAUUAUGGAGUAAUGGGAGAUUCUAGUGACUUGACUAUGUGGCCAACAACAACAGCAACAUCAGGCUAUUCUGUUCCAGUUCGUGCCAGUAACCAUGUCAACAACAUCUGUAGCAUGUGGGGAAACUUCCACUUCAAAACAUUCGAUGGGGACUUUUAUCAGUUCCCAGGCAUGUGCGAGUAUAACCUGGUGUCUGACUGCCAAAGCCUCAUUUGCCAGUUCUCAGUUCACGUGAAGAGAACAGAACACAGCACUGGCCCAAACAUCAGCAGAGUCCUGGUUACCAUCAAUGACAUCACCGUCGAAAUCACCGCAAACCAGGUCAUGGUCAAUGGAGAAAAUAAAUUGCUGCCCGUGCACGUCGCAGGGAUUCUUGUGGAAGAGAACACAAUUUACAUAAGACUCCAUUCAAAAAUGGGCAUCACUGUCAUGUGGAACAAAGAGGAUGCAGUCAUGGUGGAGUUGGACUCCAAAUUUUCAAAUCACACAUGUGGAUUGUGUGGCGAUUUCAAUGGGGCUCCACUUUAUAAUGAGUUUAUUCAAUCAGGAUAUGAACGAGAGGUAGGCUACAUUGAGUUUGGGAACAAGCACAAAGUUCCCAACCCAAUGGUGGAUUGCAAAAAUCCCUCUGAAGAAGAUGAUGAGCAGAAUUUAGUAGACCAGUCUGAAAAACAUCGGGCAGAUUGUGAAGACCUUUUGAAAGAUGCAGACUGGUUCUCCUGUAUCAAGAUUUUGAACCCUGAGCCGUAUAUCAAGGCCUGUAUGAAUGAUAUGUGCUUGUAUCAGCCUGAAGAUACUGACAACUCCACGCUCUGUGCGACUUUGUCUGAAUAUUCACGUCAGUGUUCCCACUCUGGGGGAACUCCGCCGACCUGGAGAAGGGCUGACUUCUGCGCUGUGGCAUGCCCCUACAAUAUGGUACAUUCUGAAAGUGGCUGCCCCUGUAUGGACACAUGCUUGCACAAAGACACAAACACACUGUGUGAGCAACACAACAUCGACGGCUGCUUCUGCCCACCAGGAACUGUAUUUGAUGAAAUCUCAAACAUGGGCUGCAUCCCGGUGGAAGAGUGUCAGUGUAAGCAUGACCGCGUCUACAGCACAGGAGAGGUUCUUCACAAACAUAACGAGGAAUGCAUAUGUAAGGAGGGAAACUGGAUCUGUACAAGUAUUCCCGGCCCUGGCCUGUGCGCAGCAGAAGAAGGAUCUCACUUCACCACCUUUGACGGGAAUGAAUUCACUUUCCAUGGAGACUGCAACUAUGUGCUCUCAAAAGACUUUGAGCAGUCAAAGUUCAUCAUACUGGGUCAGAUUGUUCCUUGUGUUAGCCUUAAUACUGACACCUGCUUGAAAUCUAUAGAAGUGAUAUUUAACAGUGACAAAAACCAUCGUCUAGUGAUUAAAGCUGACGGUACAGUUGAACACAAUGCAAUAGUUUCACUUCCUUACAUGACAGCUGACUUCACGGUGUUCAUGCCGUCAUCGUUUCACAUCAUGCUUCAGACCACAUUUGGGCUGCAGGUGCAGGUACAGCUGGUGCCUCUUAUGCAGGCGUACAUCACCGUGGACCAAAGCUUCCAGGGCAAGACUUGUGGACUUUGUGGAAAUUUUAACAAAGUGCUGUCAGAUGAUCUGGAGACCCCUCAGGGAGUGGUGGAGGGUACAGCGGUUUCCUUUGCAAACGCCUGGAAGGCGCAGUCCAACUGCCCCGACCGUACUGAGAGACUGGACGACCCCUGUUCCUACAGCAGUGACAGCGAGCACUUUGCUGAGCACUGGUGUUCCCAGAUGAAGAAAAAGGAGAGCCUUUUUGCCCAAUGUCACGCCAGUGUCAAUCCAGACAGCUACUACAAAAGAUGCAAAUACUCCAGCUGUACCUGUGAGAAGAGUGAGGACUGUCUGUGUACGGUGUUCUCCUCGUAUGCCCGGGCCUGUGCAGCUAAAGGAAUAAUCCUCCAAGGCUGGAGAGAAAUCGUGUGUGAGAAAUAUACAGAGAAUUGCCCGGCCUCGCAGAACUACUCCUAUGAGCUGCAGAACUGUCAGCGUACCUGUCUGUCUCUCGCCUCUGAGCGCCAAAGCUGCAGCGUUGACUUUGUGCCCGUUGACGGAUGCGCAUGUCCAGAGGGACUCUACCAGGAUGAGAAUGGACUGUGUGUACCUAUGGAAAAAUGUCCAUGUUACAACAAUGGAGUGACAGUCCAACCUGGCACAUCUAUCAACAUUAAGAAUGAACACUGUAUUUGUGUGAAUGGAACAUUCCGCUGUCUGUCCUGGAAACCUCCAAUUGUGGAGUGUCCUCCUCCAAAGAUUUUCUUCAACUGCAGUACCGCACGUCCAGAUGAACAUGGAUUGUUGUGUGCACAGACUUGUAUGCAAAAGGAAAUUGAUUGUUUCUCGCAGGACUGUGAAUCUGGCUGCCAGUGUCCUGCAGGUCUACUGGAUGAUGGCAGAGGAAACUGUGUUAAACCUUAUGACUGUCCAUGUCCUCACAAUGGACAGUUUUAUGCACCAGGGACUGAGAUAACCGUAGACUGCAAUAACUGGUGUGAUAAAUGUGGAAAUAAGACAGGACUUUUUCAUGUAAUCACUGAGAAUAUUCCUUGUGGAACAACAGGGACAACAUGCUCAAAGGCUGUUGUCAUCCUUUUGGGGAGAACUAAGCUAGAGCUUUAUGGUGGGACUGUAACAGCUUUUGAUAUGGAAAGUGGCCCACAGAUCAAUUACAACAAGACAAACAUUGGGAUGUACCUUGUCAUUGAUGCUGACAUUGGACUGACAGUUUUGUGGGACCGCAAAACAACUGUCCGCAUCAUUCUGCAACCUCAACACAUGGGAGGCGUUUGUGGACUAUGUGGAAAUUUCAAUGGGAAUGGAAAAGAUGACUUCACUACUCAAGGCAGUUUGCAAACCACAGAUAUAAUGGAGUUUGCCGACAGCUGGAAAGUGUUAGGCACCUGCCCUGAUGCUGCACCAGACUUUGACCCAUGCUUUAAGAACCUUGAACGAGAGCCAUGGGCAAAACUACAAUGUAGCAUCAUAAAGGACCGUGAAGGUGCUUUGAAACAUUGCCAUAACAAGGUGGAUCCAAACCCAUAUUAUGAGAACUGUGUGAAGGACUCGUGUGCAUGUGACACAGGUGGAGAUUGUGAGUGCUUCUGUACAGCUGUUGCAGCUUAUGCUCAAGCCUGCAAUGAGGCAGGUGUUUGUGUGGACUGGAGAACCCCUGAGAUCUGCCCUGUGUACUGUGACUACUACAAUAAACCAGAAGGAUGCACAUGGCAUUAUAAUCCUUGUGGUAUACCUUGCUACAAAACCUGUCGCAACCCUCUUAGUAUCUGCAAUAACACUUUACCCAACCUGGAAGGAUGUUAUCCAAAAUGUCCAGAGGACAAACCUAUUUUUGAUGAGCAGAAUCAGGUCUGUGUGAAAGAGUGUAUUCCCACAUGCUAUGUCAAUGGAAUCGAGUACAAGCCUGAAGAGAAUAUACCAACUGAUAAGUCCUGUCAUGAGUGGUAUGGACCAUGA